UUUAAUUCAACAUAUAACUUAUAUAAUAUGAUUUUACAAAAUAAAAAACAGAAAAAUUCAACGAAACCAAACGAGUCAAGUCGAAGUACCUCAAUUGUCAAAAAAAAUAAAAAAAUAAAAAAAAAUAAAAAAUAAAAAUCGAAGUAACUCAAACUCGAACUCGUUUCACAUCAUAACUACCCUAUUAAUCAUUAUUCAUUACAAUAAUGGGUCGCAUCAGCAAUGGGCCUUCAGCAAUGGGCCUUGAGCGGUGUCGGUAAAGACCUUUCAUCACGAACAGCCACGUGCAUGGCAACGCAAGUACUGUAGUUCUAUAAUAUAUCGAACUUACUAACUUAGCGGAUAAUACUAUAAUAAAAUUCAAGUAUGCGACCACUCAAAUAUUCAAUCAAUUUACUCAUUACACAUCCUAGAAUAAUACGGACGUAAUAACUUUGAUCAAGUGUCAUCAUAUAAAUAUUACGUAUUCCCGGGUAUAAUACUAAUCCUAACUUUUAUUCAAAUCUACUGUAUAUUGCAACGGUGGCAAUUUGUAACAUCCCCUACCUGUCUAAUCUUUUAUAGCAUUGCUGUCAUUUUUAUGUUUGUUCCCUUAUUACAUAAACUUUGUAGUCAUCCUUUCUUCUUCUCUAGUUCUUCAUAGUUCAUACAUCUUCAUACAAAACACUAUACUUCUUCCUACCUCAAAUUUUACAAGUAAAAAUGGAUACUCAAAACCUUAAGCAAAGGACUACUAGGUACGAACCCACAACCGCAAACGACGAAAGCGUUCGAGGGGCUGGGCAGAAGAUGAAGAGAACCAUGGCAAAACGCGGUCUUAAAUCAUUGAGUGUAGCAUUAACAAUCCCGGUGAUUCUAACACUUACCAACAUCUACAUGUUUGGUACAAGUGACAACUACAAGUUGUUCAACAGACCGAAUUGGGUACCUCCAAUAUGGGCUUUGCACAUGGCUUGUUUGGGCUCAGCUUCCUUAUUGGGCCUUUGUGGGUGGCUCGUUUGGGCUGAAGGUGGGUUUCAUAAGAACCCGAAUACAGCCGGGUUAUAUUUUGGUCAAUUUGGGUUGAGUCUCCUUUGGGAUCCCUUGAUGUUUAAGCUCGGUGCGAACUGGGCUGGUUUGUUGGUUGCAGUCGGAGUUUGUUAUGGUUUGUAUCAGUGUUAUAGGGCGUUUAAACAAGUGAGCGACAUCGCCGCUGAUUUAGUUCUGCCGUGCUUGGGAUGGUCUGCACUUCUUUGUUUUAUAAGCCUUAAGUUUAUGCUGAACUAAAAUUAUUGGUGUAACAUGAAUCUGUUGUUGAAUGUCUGUAGAUAUAAAGCUCUUUCGCAACCAUUUUGAUGUCGUUUUAAACGUGUUUCUUCUUAUCUUUUUACUUUUCUUUCGCUUUAUAGUUACUCGUAUUUGCUUAUUAUGUGAGUUAUAAUGUUUGUAUGUACUAAUUAUCUUCAAGUUUGAUGAAGUUUCUUAAUAUUACAGAAAAAAGUUUAAAUA